AUGGCCUCCCCUGGUGUUCUCACCUUUGACGCUGAGGGUCGGGCGGUCGACUUUGAGGUUUGGGUAGAUGGUCUGCAGCUUUUCCUACACUGCGAUAGGGCACACGGUCUCUCCCUGUUUGACCUCACUUCUGGUGCCUCUCCUGCCCCUGCUGCUGAUGCUGACCCCACUGUUCGCUCACAGUGGGCCACGCGCGAUGCUGCUGCUCGCCUUGCUAUGCGCCGUCACUUACCGACCACUGAGCGUGCACACUUUAGCCAGUACAAGAGUGCUCAGACCUUGUACGACGCUGUAGUUGCACGCUACUCUUCCCCUGCCACUGCUGCACUGAGCCGCCUCAUGCUACCAUACCUCUUCCCUGACCUUGCUGCCUUUCCCGCUGUCGUUGACCUCAUUACGCACCUCCGCACUAGUGACACUCGCUACCGCGCUGCGCUUCCUGCUGAGUUCUACGCCAAGAACCCCCCCCCCCCCCUCCAUGUACAUCACUCUCUCCGCGUAGUCAGGGACCACUUCCUCUCAGUUUGCCCCACCACUCUCACCGUUGACCUCCUCGAGAAGGCCCUCCUACCAGCAGAGAAGAGUAUAGUCGCUGUAGGAGCCUCUCGUGGUGACCCUCGCACCCCCGUUUUGAGGGGUGUUCUCCCUCCCCCCUCUUGUCGUGUGUUGCCUCUGCUGCUGUGGCUGACCUCGUUGGUUUCGAGUCGGUCAGCGCUGCGUCUGCCCCAAGCGGGAGACGCCGCACCGGCGAGGGCAAGGGGGGCAAGGGCGCUGGAGGGGCUGGAGGGGGCGGUGGAGGUGGUGGUGGAGGUAGUGGAGGGAGUGGGGGUGGUAGUGGGAGUAGUGCCGGGGGUGGCGGCGGCGGCGGCAGCAGUGGAGGCGGCGGAGGCGGUGGUGGUGGCAGAGGGAGCGGAGGCGGCGGAGGUGGCGGAGGAGGCGGAGGUGGAGGAGGCGGCGGAGGCGGCGGUGGCGGCAACGGUGGUGGAGCGGGUCGCGACUGUGCACAGAGGAGUGUCUCAGGUGGUGGUCCGCGCCAGCAGCAGCGGAGUGGUUGUUGUGGGUGACUGUUACCUGUGUGUACCGCCUGACCCGGGCAUUGAGGCUACUGCUCUAGGUGCUGGUGAGGCUACUGCUCUAGGUGCUAGUGCGUCAGCUGCCCCUGGUGCUAGUGCGUCUGCUACCCCAGGUGCUGGUGAGUCUGCGCUCUCAGGUACUACGUCUCUACCUCCCCUCGUUGUCUACGAACUUGAUGAGUGGAGCGGACCUACAGGAUAG